GUCACGUGCCUCUACUCUCCAAAUGAUCCCUUCUUGUAACCCACUUCUCUUACUGAGCUCUCCCAUGAUUCACUCAGAGUGGGCGUAGGCACGAGCAUCAGCAGCAUCACUAAGUUUCAGCUCCUCCCUGCUGCAUGCUGGGAGGGAGAGACUGAAAGGAUCAGGGUCAGAUAAAUUCCAGACUGAAUGACGGUGGCACUGAGUGUAAAUGAGAGGACAAUCGGGUGCAUGAGUGUGUGAGAAGACAAAUUAGGCUGGGUGAUAGAGAGAGACUUGUGAGUCUGUCUGUAUGUGCAUGAGAGAGAGAGGCAAAGAUAAAUCCAGAGAGGACAGGAGUGUGUGUAAGGGAAAGAGGGACAAGAGGUAGAAGACAAGACACUCGGAAAAGGAGGGAACAUGGCUGAGCCGGAGCUGAAAUCGAGAAGCAGCCGGGAGAGUGUUGCUAAAGCAGGGAGCCAGGAGAAGAUGGAGACAACUGAAGCGGAGCCCAACCAAGAUGGACUCAUUGUGGAGCACCCAGCAUCCCCAUCGGACCCCAUGGUCUCUGCCCCUGCUGCCACAGACCCAACUAACAGCCCGCCUGGCAAGGGUGAAAAGAUCAAGCUCAAACGCAGCAUCACCCUCUUCAACGGUGUGGGGAUGAUCAUAGGCACCAUCAUCGGCUCGGGCAUCUUUGUGACUCCAACAGGUGUGGUCAAAGAGACCGGUUCUGCUGGCCUCUCCUUGAUCGUCUGGGCUGCCUGUGGAGUUGUUUCCACCAUGGGAGCCUUGUGCUAUGCCGAGCUGGGCACGACCAUAUCAAAGUCUGGAGGAGACUACACAUACAUCCUUGAAGUAUAUGGCGAACUUGCAGCCUUUCUGAAACUGUGGGUGGAGAUGCUAAUAAUUCGUCCAUCGUCCCAAUAUGUGGUCUCGCUGGUGUUUGCCACCUACCUUCUUAAACCCCUGUACCCAACUUGCCCUGUGCCAGACAGUGCCGCCAAGCUCAUCGCCUGCGUGUGUCUUACCUCCUUGACGUUUGUGAACUGCAUCAGUGUGAGAGCAGCCACCAAGGUCCAGGACUUGUUCACAGCAUCCAAAUUACUAGCUCUCAUCAUCAUCAUCCUCUUUGGCUUCAUCCAGAUAUUCACAGGUGAUGUGCCGUAUUUGACACCAGAAAAGGCAUUUGAAGGCAGUAAAAUGGGAGUGGACAACAUUGUGUUGGCGUUGUACAGUGGCCUCUUUGCUUUUGGUGGCUGGAACUACCUGAACUAUGUUACUGAGGAGAUGAUCAAUCCAGAGAGAAAUUUGCCCUUAGCCAUUAUCAUAUCAAUGCCUAUAGUCACAGUGGUAUACGUUCUGACCAACCUGGCUUACUUCACCACCAUCUCUCCUCAAGUCAUGGUUGAGUCUGAGGCGGUUGCUGUGAGCUUUGGAGAGUACCACCUUGGCGUGAUGGCCUGGUUGAUUCCUGUCUUUGUGGGACUUUCCUGCUUCGGAGCCGUCAAUGGAUCUCUAUUUACAUCAGCACGGCUGUUCUACGCUGGAGCCAGAGAAGGUCAACUCCCUGCUGCUCUGGGACUGGUUCAUACAGACUUGUUUACACCUGUGCCAUCACUAAUCUUUACAUGCCUCCUGUCCAUGAUGUACGCCAUCUCCCAGGACAUCUUCUCAGUCAUUAAUCUCUUCAGCUUCUUCACCUGGCUGUGCGUCGGCAUGGCGAUUGCCGGUCUGGUGUGGCUGCGCAUCACCAAGCCCGAUCUGAGAAGGCCUAUUAAGGUGUAUCUUUUCAUCCCGGUGACGUUUGUUUUGGGCUGCGUUUUCAUGAUCGUCGUGUCUUUCUGGGCGGCUCCGUUUGAGAGCCUGGUGGGCAGCAGCAUCAUUCUCACGGGCAUUCCUGCGUAUCUGCUCGGCUACAAGUGGAAGAAACCCCAUAUGAUCAAGAAGAUGCUGGAAAUCUUCACAAUGUUCUGUCAGAAGAUCUUCAUGUCGGUUCCUGAGGAGAAGGAGAAACACGAGGAGGCUGAGUGACGCCUGGUAAACCGAGCAACAGUCUUCAGAUGUUUACAUUAAUUUUGAGCACAUUCCUUUUUCAAAUUUACUUUACAAGUUGAAGCUAAAGUGAAAACAAAAACUACACAUUUACAACGAGGCCUUGUGGAGUGCGCUUGUGUACAACAUAUAAAAGCAUAUUUUGCGACUCCUGCUGGCAGUUCAAAAUGCCUGCUGGUCACAUUUCAAGCAGGAUUUCAGAUUUGUUCCUGCAGCUUUUACCCUGAAAGGUUUUGACAGUCUUGUGACGUGUAAUGCUGGGACAUGCUUUCUUCUAAAAAUGUGAAUAGCUGCAGUGGAUAUAUGAUUAUGCUGCAAACACAGUAUAAGAAAAUGCUGUAAAUCUACUGGCUUCCAGGUUUGCUGUCCACCGACGAGCAAAGAAAAGAAUUACAGAAGACGGGUUUGAUUGUUUUAACUUUGUCUGCCAUUAAUGAUAAAACUUUACCUAGUACUGAGUAGUUUACACUUCUUCAGAAAGUGAAGACAUGUGAGGUAAAACUGAGGGUUCAGCAGUAGACGCAGUUGUAUUUCUGUAUUUAACAUGCUGCUAGCGUACAGUGGCUCUCAAAGGUCUGCAAGGGCUGAACAAUAAUAGGAAAACAGCUUUUCAAUAUUACAGUUGAAUAGUGCAUUGAUAAUAUUGAAUGCAAUUGCUAGAUUACCCCUAUUUUCUUUUUUUUCCGUUAUCGCCAUGUUUCCCACUCUCUCUGAGCUUCAACAGAGGAUGUGUGGGUAAAAGACAGCAACAGUCAGUGUUGUGGUCAAGACCACCUAACCCGAGACCAAGACAAGACCAAAACUUUUAGGGUCCGAGACCAAGUCGAGACC